CCAAUUGAAGCCAAUGAUGAAGCAUUCUGGGAACAAUUUUGGUCAGAGAGUGUCACAUGUGUACAAGAUGUGUUUACACUCAUCCCUGCAGCAGAAAUACGAGCGUUACGAGAGGAGUCUCCGUCGAAUUUAGCAACUCUGUGUUACAAAGCAGUUGAAAAACUGGUAACUGCUGCUGAGACAGGAUGUCCCUCACAACGGGAACAACAAACAGUUCUGAACUGCGUCCGUCUCCUUACACGCAUACUACCCUACAUCUUCGAGGACCCAGACUGGAGAGGGUUUUUCUGGUCCACUCUCCCGGGUCAGGAGGAGGAGGAGGGUGAUAGUCCACCUCUGGCCCAGUCCCUGAUCACAGCUGUUUGUGAUUUGCUCUUCUGCCCAGAGUUCACUGUGGCUUCAUCUAGGAAAUCUGGACCAGACAACCCAGAGGACAUGGGCACCAUCGACAGCUGUGAGUACAUCUGGGAAGCCGGUGUGGGUUUUGCUCACUCCCCGCCCCACAACACUGUGCAUGACCAGAACCGCACCGAGCUGCUCAAACUGCUGCUCACCUGCUUCUCGGAAACGAUGUACCUGCCGCCUGUUGCGGAUGCUCAUGUGGUCCCCAACCAGUGGAUUCAGUUCUUCACCUCCACAGAGAACAGGCAUGCAUUACCCUUGUUCACAUCGCUGCUCAACUGCCUGUGCUCGUACGACCCGGUGGGCUACGGGCUGCCCUACAACCACUUGAUGUUCACCGACUCGCGGGAGCCCCUGGUGGAGGCCUCGCUGCAGGUCCUGUGUGUGACAAUGGAGAACGACUGUAACGCUCAGGCAGUGUCUGUGGACGGCACUAGUGGGGGGACCGCCAUGGAGCAGGGAGGGGAGGGAGGUGGAUCAGACAAUCUGUUCCUCAACUAUCUGUCCAGGAUUCACAGGGAAGAGGACUUUGCGUUCAUCCUGAAGGGCAUCACACGUCUGCUGAACAACCCACUGCAGCAGACGUACCUCCCGGGCUCCACCAAGCGCAUCCAGUUCUACCAGGAGCUCCUGGUGCUCUUCUGGAAAAUGUGCGACAUCAACAAAAAAUUCAUGUUUUUCGUGUUGAAGAGCAGUGAUGUUCUAGAUAUUCUUGUUCCGAUUCUCUACAACCUGAAUGAUGCCAGGGCUGACCAGUCACGUGUCGGCCUAAUGCAUAUCGGUGUGUUUAUCCUGCUACUGUUAAGUGGGGAGAGGAACUUUGGCGUGCGUCUCAACAAGCCCUACUCCGUGCGGGUGCCCAUGGACAUUCCUGUGUUCACCGGUACCCACGCAGACUUCCUCAUCAUUGCAUUUAGCACUCCUUGGUUCCUGUAUGCCAGCGCCACCAACCACCACCUGGUCUUCUUCCUCCUUGAGGUUUUCAACAACAUCAUACAGUACCAGUUUGAUGGCAAUGCCAACCUGGUCUACACCAUCAUUCGAAAGAGGAACGUGUUCCACCAGCUGGCCAACCUGCCCAUCGACCACUCGGCCAUUGCCAAGGCCAUGACGAAGAGAGGGAGGAAGUUUGCAGCACCCCCACAAGAUACCCGUGACCCGCAGACGAUGGAAGGGGCACAACCGGCUCUGGAGGCGGAGCCAGGCACACUCAAAGUGUCACUGGCAGCCACGCCACGGAUUGACAAAAUGACGGAGAAAGCAGCCCCAGAUGACAACCACAGACAACCCACCCUGAAGGAACUGGCGGAGACUCCUGGUCCUCAGAAUGUUCAGCCUCCCAAUGAGAUCCAGGAUCCGGUGGACAGCGAUGACCGGAACGAGAAUGCUGCGGCAGCAUCCGGCGGCUCGGGCAGUGCUCAGUCCUCUCCGACCCGCUCCAGUAGCAAGGCCGGUGCAGCCUCACAGCAGCCCAGCGUGACGGUGUCUCCACCCGCCACGCCAACCACACCCACCAGCCCACUCACGCCCACCAGCCCCGGGGCAGAGUCUAUAGGGGACAGAAGCAGAAUGCUCAAGGCAGGGACACCAGGCCACUGGGUAGCUUCACCAGAAUGGGUCCAGUCGUGGAAGCAGAAGCUGCCGCUGCAGACCAUCAUGAGGAUGCUGCAGGUGCUGGUGCCGCAGGUGGAGAAGAUCUGCAUAGACAAAGGUCUGACAGAUGAGACAGAGAUCCUGAAGUUCCUCCAGCAUGGCACUCUGGUGGGUCUCCUGCCCGUCCCUCACCCCAUCCUGAUCCGCAAGUACCAGGCGAACAGUGGCACCACCAUGUGGUUCAGGACCUACUUGUGGGGGGUCAUAUACCUCAGGAACGUGGACCCACCGAUAUGGUAUGAUACCAACGUCAAAUUGUUUGAGAUUCAACGAGUGUGAAGUGUCUGGGCGAAGUGAAGCGGUCUCGUUUCCAUGACGGCAAUGUGAUAGACAGUGUGUGUGACGGAGUCUAAGAUGAAUGAGGACGAAACUGUGUGCUCGACUCCGAUGAUAUUUGACCACUGGUCUCACUCAUGUGCUAUCUUUGUACUGGGACCAAACAGAUCUGUCAAACUGUACAAAACAGACUUUAAUGUAACUCGAGUUUUUGCUUCCUGAUUUUGUAUGAAUGUGGGUGUACUUUGACCUGUUGGAAGGGCGAUAAUUCAGAGGUCAGAGGCUACAGGUGGGGUCAUGACUUCUGGUAGUAGAUUUUGUACAAAGCAAGUGUAGUAAGGUAGUUUUAGUUUUACAGGUAGAUUCUUCUGUUUCAAUCUUGUUUUGCUUUAUGUUUUAUCAGUGAUGUAUACAUUGACAACAUGGCUGUCUUUGGCUGACUUUUCAAAUGGAAUAUGAUAAAUUUGUACAGGUAGUCGUAAGAUUACUCAGUAUUGACAUUAUUCACACUUAUGGGGGGGCUAAUAUACUUCACGUUUCUUUUACCCAAAUAUUAUUAGAUCUGUCGUUUUUCAGGUGGGUAUUUUGAGUAGGGUGUGGGGGGUGAUUUUCGGCCAAAAUGUUGCAUAUGUAAUCGUUUUUAACACCUUUGUUUCCUUCGCUGUAUUUCUUGUUGUGUUCAUGCAAGUGACAUUAGGUCAUAAAAGAUUAAAAAGCUGCUUCAACUAAUUCAUGCUUAGCGGUGUUCUCAUAGGAUUUCUCUAUCUGUAGUUUGCAGGCCACUGUAUCUUUCUCUUCUCUCAAUAGUGUGUUGAAAAGAGUGCAAAUUUAUUUGAGCUGUCGUAGUGCGUUGUUGUCUCACUGUGAUUUUAUUGAUCUAUAUAUUUAUCUUCAUUCCAGUGAAUGCAUUAGGCAUGCUUUAUAAAUGAGACUGUUGAAAGUUUGAACUGUGUAACUGUGCUGGUUGAAAAUCAUAAUGAUUUAGCUCAGGUUUGUUCCUGAACGUGAAAGAUGGGAUGGACGAACAGAACAUGGAGGGUUGCUAGUGCAGAAAUAAGUGUCUCAAUGCAGAACAGAACAUAAGUUCUGCCAUGUAUUCAGGCAUGGUCUUGCUGUUACACCAUGUUCUUUUAUGCUGAACGUAAUUCUGUUAUAUGAUCAAAUAGAGUUAUGAGAUACUUUAAUCCUUGCCCUAGUGUGAAAGUGGAUGUCUUGUGUGGUCUUGAGACGGCUACAGAGACUCCAGCAAAUGCUGAAGUUCAGUUAGAUAAUAUGAAGAAAGGAAAA